AUGGCACACCCAUUCUCCAAGAACAACACUGAAACAAGUCAUGAACACUAUCAAUUUUCUCUCCAAUCUCAAUUCCCUGAUAUCAUCAUUCCCCGAAAUAUGGUAAGAACCAUCCUUGCAAACAUCGGGCAAUUUCGUCAAUCAACUAACGAGCAGGUGGUUCGUAACAACCUUGCGUUGUUGGAAGAGAAUUUUGAAGACACUGAUGCCUUAUGUUACCGAACUUUUUACGCUGGUGUGUUUGCUGGUUCUGUCAUCCAGGCAUUCCUCCAAACAAGUCGUACCAGGGGUUCAGAGGAGCCAACAUCUCCAGGUGGUAAUGGAGGAGUCACCAUUCGUGACGUGAUGAAUUUGUUGGAACGAGGUUUACCACCUCACUGGGAGGUUACUUGGUCUGUUGCGCACAACCAUGAGGUGUAUUACAAUUGCUCCACCAACGUAACGACUUGGACAAGACCUCUCACCGCUGAAGCUGUUGAUUAUAAUUCUCUUCAUACUCAACAACAACCCACUUCUUCAGCUACACCAGCACCACCACCUCCUCCUCCUCCUACCACUACCACCACUGCCCCAUCAACUCCACCUCUUACCACCACCGCCGCCCCACCAUCUCCCGUAGCACCAGAUGAACCUGAACUCGAACAACAAUCACCUGAAGCCGAUGAUGAAGCUGAUUCACAAUCACUUUCUGACACGGCUGUGGAUGAUGAUAUAUAUGAGCUGGAAUCAUCGUCAAGUGAAAGACAAACAACACCUACUGCUCAACCAAGACCCUCUCCUGCUAUUCCUACUUCUCGUACACCUACUCCCCGUGCUACGAGUAUUCCUCGACCCACCUUUGCUCCUGGCUCUGCUACUCCUCGUCGAGUAUCAAGAUCUUCCACUCCUGCUCCACCCACCACACCUACACCUACACCUGCUCCUACUGCCACUGCCACUCCUCCUCCACCUACUCGUCCUGCUCCUCCUACUCGUCCUACUCCACCUACUCGUCCUGCUCCAUCUACUCGUCCUGCUCCGCUCCUCCUACUCGUCCUCCUCCUCCUACUCGUCCUGCUUCUCCUACUCGUCCUGCGUCUCCUACUCCCACUCCUCGUCGUCAAACUCGUCCUGUUCCUGCUCGUCCUGUUCGACCCACUCUUCCUGAAAUUCCAGCUGCUUGUGGAACUUGUUGACAUGUUCUUCAAUGCCGAAGCUGUGGACGAGGAUCUGGCAACACGAGUGGUGGAGUAUUAUGUCAGAGACAUUUGGGCAGUACUAAAAACGUCUAAAAACUAUAUGGAGGUGGAUCGUGUAGUUUUGCGUGAUUUCGAAAACACUUCAAGCAUCUUCAACAAGGCUACCAUAAACAGUGCAAAUCAACCAAUAGUGACCCUCCGCCGUUCGACCGUGGACACAUGUCGUAAUUACUUUCGUUUCGUGUUCCCGGUACCCACAUUACGUAUUGUUGACGUUGCCGAUACGUAUGUGGAUGGGGUUGCUUUUGGAACCAUACGUAAUGUCCUUAUUCGACAUGCCUACAUUUAUUUUAUAGCAAACAUGUUUAUGGUAGGGAGAGAGGCUGAGGCUAAAGCAUUCCAUGAUGUUCUGGAAAGAAGGUUCUUUGCAACCUUGCGUAUUAUGCCGUCCGUUGCUGAAGAUAGCAAAUUCAAAAUCGAUAAUAGCAAACUCGUCUUUCGUCUCAUACCAAGAUCCAUCAGACAAUGA